CACAGCAGCGGAGAGGAAAAACUUCACCUCCAAAAAUUCGCCGAAACUUCCCGAGAUCCCGCGAUAGCAAUGGCGCCCAAGGCGGAGAAGAAGCCCGCGGCGGCGGAGAAGAAGCCCGAGGAGGAGGAGGGGCCCAAGAAGGCUGAGAAGGCCCCCGCGGGGAAGAAGCCCAAGGCCGAGAAGAGGCUGCCGGCGUCGAAGGAAGGGGGAGGGGACAAGAGCGGCAAGGCGAAGAAGAAGAGGAAGGCGAAGAGCGUGGAGACGUACAAGAUCUACAUCUUCAAGGUCCUGAAGCAGGUGCACCCUGACAUCGGGAUCUCGAGCAAGGCGAUGGGCAUCAUGAACUCCUUCAUCAACGACAUCUUCGAGAAGCUGGCCCAGGAGGCCUCCCGCCUGGCCCGCUACAACAAGAAGCCCACCGUCACCUCCCGCGAGAUCCAGACCUCCGUCCGCCUCGUCCUCCCCGGAGAGCUCGCCAAGCACGCCGUCUCCGAGGGCACCAAGGCCGUCACCAAGUUCACCAGCUCUUAGGCCAAUUAGGGAUAUAGGGUUUCGGUGUGAUGUAACUAACUACUUUUGAUGUUAUCCGGUUGGCUGAAAAGAAGAAAAAAAAUUAGUCUUUUUGACUUUUAAAAACUUGGCUCUUGAUCGUCAAUUUCGGGUUCCUUUUGCUCAAAUGGUAAAAAUUAGUUUUUUCUUCU